AUGAAGCCCGAGGAUAUCCCUCUUGGAUGGUAUACGCACAUCAACUUUGCCUUCGCUCUGAUACACCCCAAAACUUUUCGAAUCGACCAUAUGGAUGCCCAAACAGCGUCUCUGUACAGGCGUGUCACAAAGUUAAAGCAAAAGCAACCCGGCUUGAAGGUGUGGAUUGCCAUUGGAGGAUGGGCGAUGAAUGAUCCUGGGCCAUAUAGAACGACAUUUUCUGAUCUCGCCAAGUCAACAUCAGCUCAAGAUGCAUUCUUUGAGUCUCUUAUCUCGUUUAUGGAAACGAACGACUUCGAUGGUGUAGACAUUGAUUGGGAGUACCCGGUCGCAGAUGACCGUGGUGGCAUUGAACAGGAUUUUGGAAAUUUUGUUACUUUAUUAAAGAGACUCAGAGAACGUCUAAAUUCCUCCGGUAAAACUUAUGGAAUGAGCAUCACGCUGCCCGCAUCAUAUUGGUAUCUCCGAGGUUUUGAUCUCAUAAAACUAGAACCCUGGGUAGACUGGUUCAAUAUUAUGACAUACGAUAUCCAUGGCAUUUGGGACCGGACUGUCAACUCCAUAGGACCAUAUGCAUAUGCACAUACCAAUCUCACGGAAAUUCAACAAGGCCUCGAGCUGCUCUGGCGAAACAACAUCAACCCAGGGCGAGUUGUCUUUGGGCUCGGGUUCUACGGUCGAAGCUUUACAAUGGAAGACCCGAACUGCCUGGCAGCAGGGUGUAAGUUCAAGGAUGGUGCUAAAGGCGGCGCAUGUACUGGAACUCCCGGCGUCCUCUCAGCCGCGGAAAUUAACCAAAUUCUCAAGAAUGGGGCCCAGGUAACCUUUGACAAGGCCGCUGCCGUCAAAAUCGCCACGUGGGACCGGGAUCAAUGGGUUAGCUGGGAUGAUACGGAAACACUCAAGCUAAAGAUAGACUACGCAAAUCGCAGAUGCUUGGGAGGGACUAUGAUUUGGGCUAUCGACUUGGAUGACGGUACGCUGAUCAAUGAAUUGGGCUCAACCCUAGGCCGUGGGAAGGAGAGGAUUCUCAAGAACAGGCCCCCCUAUCUCCCAGAUCUUGGCACUGACUGGGACUCCACUCCUCCUUCUGCUCCCUCUCACAACGAGUUGUGA